GAAGAUUGCCGACCUCGGUUUAUGUAAUAGGAAAAGUAUCGUUUAAAUAUUUGGAUUUUGUUCGAACUACUAUGGUAGUUCUAAAGGAAUCUGGAAAAAAAAAUCAAAGUUUUGUUGUCAGGAAUGUCAGGAUGAUACAAUUGUAAAUAUUUAUAGAUAAUGUAAAUAAAUUAUAUUUUAGUAUUGGGAAGGUAUUUUUAAUCUGGAGAUUUAGGUGUAGUUGUUAUAUUUGACAUGCGGUAGAUUCGCAGUUCAAAAAAGGAAAUUUGUCAGUCUCUGUGACGUUUAUUGAUUGAUUCUUGCUCUGCAUACCAUUACUGAAUUUACAUAUAUAUAUAUAUAUAAGUGGCGCGAUGCAAUCUCAGGAAUAUAAUCAGGGAGUGCAGGCUGAGGUUCAACAAUUGUUUACCCAUGUUGAUAAGGACCGCUCUGGCAAAAUAAGCCAAAGAGAACUUCAGGCAGCUUUGAUCACAGCACAGGGUAGCAACUUCUCUGACACGGCUUGCAACUUGAUGAUCAGCAUGUUUGACCAUGAUAGAAGUGGUACCAUUGAUGUCCACGAGUUCCAGUUACUAUACUCCUAUAUAAACCAGUGGCUAGCUGUGUUCCGGUCAUGUGAUAAAGACCAAACUGGGCAUAUCGAGGAAGGUGAACUCUCACAUGCUCUGCAACAAAUGGGUUUUAGAUUUACACCAGAGUUUGUCAAUUUUUUAAUUAAAAAAAGUGAUUUGCAGAACCACAAGCAGAUGUCUGUGGAUCAGUUUAUCGUUAUCUGUGUGCAGAUACAGAAGUUCACUGAUGCUUUCAGGGCCCAUGACACAGGCUACACUGGUGUAAUAACUCUGGGAUUUGAAGAAUUUCUGGGUAUUGUUUUAAACUGUUCCAUGUAAAAUUAAUAUUAUUUAUUCAAUGUAAAACAGCAAUUAGAAAAUAAAUGAUCAUGGUGCCAGAUGGCAUACAUCCAUAAACCA